AUGACUAAAAUAAGUUUUGAAUGGAUUUUAUUGAUAUUUGCUAUUUUAUUAUCAAUUACUAAUGUACUAAAUAUUAAAGGUAUUGAUGAUGGUACAGAUUGUGCUAGUUAUACUAUUAUUGUUGAUCUUGUUGAAAAAUUAUCUAUUGUUUAUAAUGAAAGUAUUGUAAAUUCUCUUGAACGACUUUAUUGUAAUAAUUUUUCAUCAACAAUACAUCCUGAUGCUCGAGUUGUUGAUGAUGAUAGUAUUAUAGAUGAUAAUUGUAAUGGUAUCUAUGGUAUGAAUUCAGAAAGUGGAAGACCAUAUGAAGAAGAAUUUUGUAAUGAAACACAACGUAUAGGUAUAACAGUAUUAGGUGAUUCAAUAUCAGCUCAUUUUCAUCUUCCCGAACAAUGGUUAGAUGCUAAACAAUUAUUUGUAACUGAAUUUUAG